GUGUUGGUCUUCGGUAAAGGAUAACUCAGGUAACCUGCGGCACUUCACCGUCUUUCUGCUUUUCUAUCAAGAUGACUCGAUACACAAACUAGACUCCAACUCAUGAUCGAUAGUUUUCGAUAAUCUGCACCCUUUUCCUCAGUUUUCCUCCUUUGAUACUCAUAAUUAAUCUACAAUACGCGGAUUGUUUUGCCGACGAAAAUACGACGCCCCUCCCCUUUAUGUGUGCUUGGUAUUCUUGGGUAACCCAGCUGAGGGACAGUGUCAGUGAAGGAACCGCUACGAUGGAGAAACGAGCAGCUUUUCAUACAUCAUUGUGAACCGGACUCUUUCUUUUCGAAGUGUGUGUGUGUGUGUGUGUGUGUGUCGGCUGUUUCUUCUAUGGUGGACUCUCCAUCGACGUGAUUGGACCCCAGCGGCAUCCUCACACACCACCACCUUAUCCUCCACCUCCUCCUCCGCCCUGAGAAGGUGAAGCUGCGAUCAUAACAUAACCGAGCCGCUAUGAGGAGAAUAACGGGGAAGGCGAAGGAUGAAACUUUGAUCGAGCUGCAGAGCGCCACGGACUCACAGACUGGAGGUGAUUAAUUAAAGAUUCACUCAUUAAGCUUUUAAAGGUUAUGAGAUCACGUGGUGUUUUUUUUUUCUUAUGAUAAGCAGUGGUGGAGUGGGCUAUCUGCUGCCAUGCUGCUCCAGCUCAACUUUGACGAAGACGCCCACUACAGCCCGAUCAGAUCAUUCAGUUCAAUCAACCAUUGUGUCAACUCAGCGUCUGAACUCAGACUUCCAUUUAAAAAUCUAAUGAACAAUUUGUGGAAAUAUAACCACGCCAAUGCAUGACAUGGGGCCUUAUCUGGACAGGGGUUUUGCUUCCUUUAGGGGAGAGUGGGGUAAGUUGAGCCACCCCCUGUUGCCUGGAAAUGGUAAAAGAAAUUGAUCAUGUGACCAAAUAUUUAGGAGAUGGGCAUCAAUUCAUGAAGUCUGUGAAGGUUAGACGCACAUGGGUGAAGGGGUUAGACAUUUAUUUCCAAAUAAACAUUUUUCACUCUUGAAAGUGAAUUUAGUCUGUCAUAAGUUUUACUAGAAUUGUGUUCAGACCAGUUUAAUAUCGUAUAAUAGAUAAAAAUACACAUGAAUGUGAAGAAGUGACUGUUAUUUAGGGAGAGAGAAGGUCAGGGAGGGCUGGGGUGGAGAGUUGGGGGGGGGGGGGGGGGUAGUAGGGGUAUGGCUCAACUUACCCCGCUCCUAUGGUCAACUUACCCCAUACACGGGGUAAGUUGACCAUAUGAGACCACUUUUUUGGCAUGCUAUAUUAUCAAGACAGUUAUGUUUACACUCAUUCUGAUGGUUUUCAGGGAUGAACAACAUCUUGAAAUAUAUGCAGAUACACGAGUUAGAGACAAAACUAUGAUUGUCUUGAUGUAGUGAUCUGAAAUAUGAAAAAUGGCUCAUCUUACCCCACUCUCCCCUAACAGCUUGAUUAUAUCACUGGUAAGGCUCUCAGGCAGAAUUUAGUCUUACUCUAGUAUGAAGUGAGUAUAGUUUGGAGGGAUUUUCUAUGACUGGGAUCAUCUCAGUUGAAAGUGAUCUCUUAGUGUUGUAGUAGGAGGAUGAACCCGCACAGAGGAGGCCAUUCAAGCUAAUUUGUGUUUCUCCUUGCUGUAUUGAUCCCAUGACAAGCCAGGGGCUACUAGAAACAAAAAAACAAACAUACUUGCUGCUUGGGUGUGCUCAUGUUUGUGUGCUCUCUACUCUCUAAAAAAACAUUAGACAGUAAGGGUCAACAGAUGUAACACAGAGAGGUAUUCCCCAGACUGAGGCAGAUUACAGUUAGAUUAGUUUUAAUCAAAGUCACUGUAAACAGACGUCAUCCAGCACAAUCCCAUUAAAUGCUGCAGCAGUCUGCAGUAUUCAGAAAGAAGCCUCACAGUCUCUGUGUAUUUUCAAAGCAAAGUCAGCUGGCAUGAAGAGCAAAAUUAUCUGAGGUGACACCGGCUAGUUAACAGAAAUGCAGCUUCAAUCCUCCUUCUGCAGUCUGUGGAGAUAAAUAUGUGUCUAAUGGGAUUAGCUUCUUCGAGACAGCCAGGCCUUUAAGACUCCACACUAAACAGAAAACUCUGUUCACUGUGUGGCCUCAGACAGCGUGGUCACUUAAGUCUGUUGAGGUUAAAAGUAUAUUAUGGUCAGUUUCGAUGGUUGUAGAUGUGCUGUCAGCCUUAAGUGUGAUGCACUCUGCUGGUUUGCUGUUCUUGUUGUUUUCAUGUGCAUCAGUCCCCCAAUGAAAGCAGAAAAUGGGUAAAGAUUAAUAGUUUCCACUUCCAUGCCGCUCCAUUUGUCACAAUAGUGGUUGAUGGGCUGUGGUCUUUCAAGUCCUGCAUUAUGCCUCCCAUUGCUCCAAUAGCAAAAACAAUACUGUUGUAAUGGUUUUAUAGUCAGAGAUAGCCACCAAACAGAGGAACAUUUAGAUAAUUACUAAUUAUACUGGCCUGUUAUGCUGCAAGGAGGUGUUUCUCUGCAAGUGAAAUCAUGUUUUUAUUGCCAAAAUAGGAGUAGAAAUGGUUUUGUUGUCCGACAUCUUUGUAUUGCUGUACAUCUACAGUCCAGGAUGGAAGUGAGUGUGGACAAAUGGAAAUGGCCACUUUUUGCGGUGACAGACAGGUUGUUUUUCAGUAACAUUAGGCUGAUCUAAAAGUUCUCAUUAGCAACGAACAAUCCGACGAACUUGCUUGUAUGUCAGUUUCCAGGGAAACAUAUUAUCACAGUGAUACAGCACAGGCUUGAUAGGAAUAUGUAGCAUGCUGGUAUGUAGUCUAAAGAGUUGUAUACUAUAGUUUCUGUUAUUAAUGCCGCAAUCAUGUCAGGAAUAAAAACUCCACAUUUGUACCUAGGGCUGGGUGAUAUGGGAAAUAGUUCAUCAUGAUAUAUUUUUGUCAUAUCAGUCGAUAUCGAUAUGUAUCACAAUAAAAAAGAAUCACUUGUCAAUCUUAAAUGUUCCCUGUUACUCUUAAAUGAAAUUUAACAAUGUUUAUUGGUAGCAUGUCUUUAGCAAUACAAUAAGCUACUGCAUCUGAGCUCUUUGUGUCUCCUUGACGUUUUAUCGUGAGGUGUUAUGCUAGAGAAAGCGGACUAACUGGUUGGCCGUUUUGACUGCACAGGCAUCGUGGGUUGCUUCCUACUAGCUCGUGUCAGUGUUGUCAAGGAUGUCGUCAUCUGUUGAGCCUUCAUCUGCAUUUCUGCCGGGGGUAGCACUCGUUUUCUUUUUUACUCACCAACAGUGCUGUCGGCUUCACCUGUUCAAGUGCUAUGGUUGCGUGUAGCUGCAGCCUGCUACUACUCAGUUGUUUGCUACUUGGUUCUAAUUCAGCACGAUUGGUUCAGUGCGAAGUGGACUCAGAGCAACUCCCCUCUUCAUUGGCUAUGAGUAUAGUCUACCAAAACCUGGCAGGAUGCCGGCUAUCGAAAAGCAUAUUGACCAUGUUUUACAUCAAUAUCAAGGGAAAUUAAUUUUUGAUAUGCAUCAUUAUCGUUUAAUCCCAUGCAGACAUUCAGUUAUAUAUCUAUGAAUAUUUCCACUUCCAUUAAUAACCACAGAUCUGUGGAGAAGCAUCAGGCGCCAGUUCAUAACUCAAGUUUUACAUCACUCCAUCACAUCAGUCAGAACCCCCCUUCGCCUUUGACCCACUUGUGUCCUCUCCGAUUACUCUCUUUUAUGCGUUCAUCAGCCACUUGUUAAUAAAGAUACAGGCCCCUUUAUUCAGGGUGAUCUGUACGUUAAUAUACUGUUCUCUCCAUGCUAAGGCUUUGUUAAGGUUCUUAUCAGCUCACGCAGUCAGCAGCAUGUGACAUGAAAAAGAGAAAGAGGAUGAUAGGGUCUGUCCUCACCUUGUUAUAGAUGUGUUUGGAGUGACUGACCUCAUUCGCAGCUGCCCAAACACUGAUUUAUGGACAGCCGUGACUGAUGACUUAGCACUGAAUGAACACCAAAGGCACUGAGACUCUAUAAGCAGUAAAAAGCAUGGUUUUCUAAAUGAGAAAUACCCAAACAGGGCUACUGGUUCUUUUUUUUUUUUUUUUUACUACUUUAUUGCAAGGCUUCUUUCUUUCACAAACAAAGUCAGGCUUUCAUUUUACAAUAUUAUACCUUACAUUUUUUUUUUUUUUUAACAUACAGAAAGUAAAUAACAACCAAAAAGAAACCAAAUCAACAUAUCUCCAAAAAUAAGGCAAAACAUACAAGCAAACAAAAUACAAAAAAUAAAUGCAUAAAUAAAAUAAAAUGAACUAAAUAUAAUUAAAUAAACUAAAGAAAACUGGUAGGGGUAGGGGUAGGUGCAUGUAUGUGUGUUUGUGUAUCUGUGUGUGUAUGUACAUGGAUGUUAAAGUUGGGGUGGGGACCUUUUAAUCCAUCUCCUUAAUUUGAUUAAAUAUUUCUACUGUUUUUGUCAACCUUUCUUUGUGGUAUAGCUUGUUCCAAAUAUGCAUUUUUUCCCUAUUCAUUAACAUUAGCCUUUCCAUCUCUAGACAUUGUUCUGCUGUUGAUACCCAAGCUGUUAAUUUUGGUUGAUCUGAUUGUUUCCAUGCUUUGGUCACCUGUUUCAUAGCAGUUGUUCGCAAUAUGUUAAAAAAAUAGAUAUCCUUUGCUCUUAUCUUUCCCUCUAAAUGGAGACCUAAACAAUGCUGUACCUGCAGAGGUUCUUUAAACUCAAAUAUAUGCUUUAAGGUUUCUUUGACUCCUUCCCAGUACAGUAUUAGUACUGGGCAUGUAAAGAGCAUAUGCAUAUAAUUUGCCUCCUGUUCUCCACAUCCUCGCCAACAUCUAUUAUCCAGUCCGGGGUAAUACCUCUUAACUUUCUCAGGUGUAAUGAAGAAUCUCAUACUCACUUUCCAUGAGAACUCCCUCCAAUACUUUGAUUGGGAUGUUGUAAAGUUUCUACCUAAUGUUCUUCUCCACUCUCCUGUUGUUAUAUUAAUUUUUAGAUCUUUUUCCCACUUCUCUUUUAUGUUACUCUCUACAUUGUUGUGCUUCUGCAGGAUCUUAUAGAUUUUUGACAGGUUUCCUUUGUUUUUAUUACAAUUUUGUGUCAUAUAUCUUAUCAGUUCAUGCUCUGAUGUUUCCUCUGCUAAAAAUCUACUUAUGUAACUUCUAACCUGCAGAUAUUUGAAGAAAUGUUUUGAUUCUAAUUUGUAUUUCCUAGAUAUUAUAUCAUAGGAGUUUAUUGUAUGAUUUGUAAUUAAUUGUGAAUAAUUUGUCAAUCCCUUUUUCGCCCACCCUACCAAGAUUUUAUCUGUUCUAUUAGGAAUGAAAUCAGGAUCCUCUGCCAUUUCUCUCACUAGCACACAUUCAUUGUCUAUUUUUAACAUUUUACAAACGCAUUUCCAAUUGGCCAAUGUAUUGUCAAUGCAGUAGUUCUGCCCUGUGUAAUUUUUCCAUUGCGUUCUUCCAAUAAAUGGCAGUGUCCCAAUGGAUAUUCUUGCCGUUUCUUUUUCUAUAUUAAUCCAUUUAGUUUCUGUUUCCCUCUCUAUCCAUUUCAUUACUGUGAGGAGUUGUGUAGCCAAGAAAUAACUCUGUAAAUUUGGGAGCCCCAACCCGCCUUCCUCCUUUGCUUGACAAAGACUUUUCAGUUUAAUUCUCUGCUUUUUGUUGUUCCAGAUAAAAUUUGAAAUAAUUCUGUUGCAAUUUUUAAAGUAUUUCUCUGGUACAACAAUAGGCAAUGUCUGAAAUAAGAACAGGAAUUGUGGAAGAACCAUCAUUUUAAUAAUUUCUACUCUGUUAAACAAACUAUGUGGCAUUAAUCCCCAUCUAUUCAAGUCUUGCCUUAUCUUGGUAAUCAAUGCACAAUAGUUGUUCUCAUACAAUUCAUUUAAGUCUUUACUAAUAUUAAUGCCUAGGUAUUUUACCUUCUUAUUCUCCCAUUUGAAGUUAUAACAAUCUUUCAAUGCCUGGCUGGGGCUACUGGUUCUUAGGGGAUACUGCUGCCACCGUCUCAGGGGGAAAUUGUGCCUCAAACUACAUACUACAUUUAGUAAAAGGUUAAACCUAGUAACCUAUAAAGAGUCAAAAUGAAAUCUUAGUGUAAUGACACAUAUUUGCACAAUAAGGCAAAGUGAUGUAUGUAAAGUUAGUUAAAAAGGAAAUAUCAAAUAUAUGUUUGUUGUGGAUUUAACAUCAGUGUCAGUGUGAUGUGGCAUGGAGGCAGUCAGUCUGUGGCUCUGCUGGGGUGUUAUAAUAAAGUCCAGGUUGCUUUGGUAGAGGCAGUUAGCUCAUCUGUACUGGUGACUCUCAUCUGUCUUGUAAUGAUGCCCCAGAGAUCCUCUAUUGGGUUCAGGUAGGACUGGGUGAUAAAACAAUAACGAAAUAUAUUGAAAAUUAAUCAAUAUCAAUAUAAAGCAUGGUCAAUAUGCUUUUCGAUAGUUAGCAUUCUGCCAUGUUUUGGUAGACUAUACCAAUAGCCAAUGAAAAGGGGAGUUUCUCUGGGUCCACUUCGUGCUGAACCAAUCAUGUGCUGAAUAAGAACCAAGUAGCAAACACCUGCAUAGUAGCAGGCUGCAGCUACAUGCAACCAUAGCACUUAAACAGGUGAAGCCGACAGCACUGUUGGUGAGUAAAAAAGAAAACGAGUGCUACCCCUGGGAGAAAUGCAGAUGAAGGCUCAACAGAUGAUGACAUCAUCGACAACACUGGCACAAAAAUGUUGGUGGCAUGGAGGUAUUUUGGUUUUUUGAGGUCAGACAUGAAGCAGAGUAAUGUGCACUGCAAAUUAUGUCAAGUACAUGUUCUCGCAAAGUCGGGGAAAAACUCAAAUCUUUUUCACCAACUGAAGCAGUGCCACGCAGCAGAGCACACGCAAUGCCAAAGGUUUCAAACCCCAAGCGAAGCAAGGAGCCCAUGGCGCCUGUGCAGCUGAAACAGCCGACCAUUCAGUCUGCUGAAUAGCGCAACGCUUUACGACAAAAUGUCAAAGAGACACAAAGACCUCACAGAUGCAGCAGCUUAUUGUAGUUCAAAAGACAUAAUACCAAUAAGCACUCUUAAAUUUCAAUUUUUAGAUCGUGAUGAAAAAAAUAUAUCGUGAUAAACUUUUUCCCAUAUCCCCCAGCCCUAGAUUCAGGUCAGGUGAGUCGACUGGCAAUUCAAGCACAGUGAUACCAUGGUCAGCAAAUCAGUUUCUGGUAGUUUUGGCACCGUGGGCGGGUGCCAGGUCUUGCUGAAGCCUCUCAGCAGAUGGAAACAUAAGUGCUCUAAAAUCUCCCGGUGGACUUUAGGCUGCAUUGACAUGGCACUCAAAAUCAUUGCAGACUGUGGAAACUUAACGCUGGACCUUGGAGUCUGUUUCUUCAAAUAGCUUUAAGUGAUAGAUUAAGAGUUGAAAUAGUUAGCUUCGGUGAGAUUAAGAGAGUUUACCUAGGUUACGUGUGAACAAGUGCAGAAAUUAAGCUUUCAUACACUAAGUGGUAAAAGAAAAUCUAAAGGAUGAAGCUGUGUGAAAUCCUCAAGCCAAAAAGGGCCAUAAAAUACCCCAGUCAACCCCAAAACCCUUCAACACUGCUCUCAACAAGAAUUAAAGCUAGAAUUAUGACUGCGAUGUCAUAAUUUACUUUAACUAAACCCUCUUAAGUGCUUCUGAAGGUGAUUGAUCAUGUUUUAAAGGAUUUGCUUCCAUUUAAGGUGAUCUGCCUCUAAAAUCUGCAGUCCAGUAGAUGAAGUCAUCUUUCAGUCAGAGGUGAAACAGAGCCAGAGAGUUGCUAUGGAAACAGGCAAUGUAAUUGUAUUACCUCUUUGAUGGAGGCUUGAUACUAAAUAAGUCAUGGACAGAGAUUUCCUCUGAACAAACUGGAGGUAGAAGUGAAGGAGAAGGAGAAGUUUGAGCCUGCUGAGCUUGAGUCCGGCUGUUUUUUAAUUAGAGCGCUCUGGUCUAAGUUUAGAAAAUGUGUUUCAUGUUGGUUCCCUUUUUUUGGCCUAUUUCCCUCACAUCUGGGUACAUGGACACAGGACACUCAGACAAGGGAACCAAACAUUCUGGUAAGCUAUUAAGUCAUAUUUUAUGUAUGAGAGUUGUUUAUAGAACAAACUGUUGGAACUAUAUUUGUCAGGUGGUGCAGUAGCUCCUCCGUAACAGUGCCUGAACUGAACUAAAGUUGACAUCUCAUGUGAAUCAAUCAACUAGGCCAAAGGUUGAGGGGUUGUCCUCGUCUGAGUCCAACUCUGUGUUUACCAAUACUUCAGUAAAACCCUUCUAUUUGAACACGCUCUCCUCUACAAAUGAUCAGAGUUGUCAAACACCCUGUAACAAGCAUUUGGCUGUGUCCUGAGAGAUAACAUGUGAUUCUUAUUACUCUACACAACCUGUGCUGAAAAAGUCAAUUUGCUUUGCACAGUUCAAGCUUUCCCUGUAUCACUGCAAAUUCCUCCCAGGAGCUGUAAUAUCCUGACAACACCGCAGGAUAUUUGUUUUCCAUUUAACAAUAAAAGUCUGAUUCAACACAAGCAUGCUGUCACUACAAAAGAAAUCUAAUAAUAACCCAAAGACUGCAUGCUAAUCAUGAAACACAGACUUAAUUUGUCAUUGUCAUUUGGCAGGAAGUUGCACCAUUCAGACAAAUAUUAUCGUGUUUACAGUCGAAGCAAGUGCAUUAUUUAUGAUGCAAAAGCUGCAGGGUUUUCUUUGGUAGGGUUCACUUGUGCCAAAACAGCAUCACAAUAAUGUAUUCUGCAGAUAUUUCCUGGUCUACAUCCUGUUUCUUUGAUAUAAAUAAAAUGUGUAAAAGUGCAGGCUGAAGCUGAUAUCUAGUUUUGAAUCAAACUGAAAUGAUAAAAAUCUAUCAAAUAAUCACAAUAGGAUUGAUUAUUUCCAAGUUGUUUUGGUUUGUACUUCAUCACAUGUUGUAGUCCAUAAAGUGGCCAUUCUUAAACUGUUACUCUCACUACAGAGUUGAACUUGAUAGCUAGUUUCUGUAAGUAUAACAUGGCUGACAUAACCUUGGUGAUCUCUGAGAAUAAGUAAAUUUAAACAAAGCAGAGAGCCCCAUUACUGAAACAUAAAGCUUAUGUUCAUGUGCAAAAAAAAAAAAAGUUCCUCGAGUGUCCACUAGAGCCUGGCUCCAAAAUGUCAACUAGAUACUAUGAGGCCGAUUUUACCAAGGGUUGAGUAGAUCAAGCUGCAACGAGGACUAUAGCCUCCGUCUAUCAGGCAUGUUUGAGAGCUGAUGAAUUAUUCAGUUUUAAUAAAAAAUAAACCCACAAUUUUUCAAAUUUCACUAUUGUUUUCUCCUAAGAAACCUUCUCUUACCUGGAGUAGUUUAUGAAUUUUUCAUGUACUAUAGAGUAAGCUGACUUGACAGGAAAUGUGGAGAGAACGAUAGGCAGCUUUCUGUCAUCGAAGACACAGGCCCGAUUGUAGCUCAGGAUGUUGUGGUUUCUCUCUGUCAUAGUAUGCACCACCCUUGCUAGGCCAUCAGGACUCGUUUCAGUCAUGUUUGGUAUGAAAUUUCAGUCUAGUGUGCCCACGCUUACCACGUGAGUGCCUUCCACAUUUGACAGACACUCUGCUUGUCUUACACUGAUGUCUAGUGGGUAACUUCUAACUUGACCCAUAUUAACAGUAAUAUAGAAGACAUACAGACCACAGUGCUAACCUUUAUCCUAUCAAUUUUUCAUUCACAGAUCCACUCCACUCUUGCCUACAGGGAAGUUGUAGGGCAAUCUGUGGCGGGUCUGUCUCACUCCCCCCUGAGAAAGGCUUCAUGUUACUGAAAUCCACAGUCAUGCUUUGUCAGUCUGCAUUUGCGAAAGUGUGGUGCAAUAAUCUGAAGUGAUUUAAAUCAAGUACGAAGUACUGUAGGUGUUUGUUUUUGAGAGGAGUAGAGCAGCAGGGCGGUCUAGCUGAGUGCCAGCCUUUUGAAAGAGCUACACAAGAUCCGUUAGACGGAGGGUUCCCACACAGCCCGCCUGAGUCAUAGUGAAAAACAAUUUGGUGUGCUGUUGAGUCAAAUGCACAUAACUUGUUACAUAAUGUUGAGGUUAUCUUUUUGUGUGGAUGCUGCUCUGAUUGCUAUGAGUGAUUAAAAGCUCUGGUGUGCUAUCAGGCUGUGUUGAGCCUGAGUAGACCCUGGGCACUUCUUCACAUGUGAGGAUCUUUGAUAGGUUUAAGAGUGUCUGAGCUGCACUUUACAAUAUUCACCUCCCCGACCUGCAGUCUAAGACUAACCUGUGUUUAUUUGUCUGUCUUUUAAAGAUGGACCUGCUACCCUGACCGCGUUCAGAAUAAACCUACACUCAGGUACGGGCAGAUCAGAGGCUUUAUGUCACGCCUGUCUGUCCGUCCUUUCAUCGCCAUCCCCUGCUUUUUCUCUUUUUAGUCCGCUCGCUUUCUUCUCAUAUCAAACUCUCUUCAAUAAAUGUCCAUAUUUCUAUUUGUGUCCACCCCGCUUUCCGCUCUCUGCUUAUCAGAGCCAGAUGUUUGUGUGUCUGUCUGCUCAUUGACUUUCCAUCUCCUCUGCAGAGCCUGGCUCCUGGUGAUAAAGUGCACUGUGUCAUGUGUUUAUCGCUGGAGCGUCAAAUCUGCACUGAAGCAUGAGCUCAUAUAAUUCAGAGAGGCAUGUGCAUGUAGUUAUGUGCCAGUUAGAGUUGGAUGAUUUGAUAGAGAAUCUAAUACUGUAAAAAGUUCAGAAUUUAUAUACCGUCAGAGUUAUAUGCUUAUACACUGCAAAAAGAGGGGUCUAAAAACAAAGUAAAUCUGAGGUAGAAGGUACUAUAAACAAGUGAAAUUAUCUGUGUGUGCAGCAAGAUCAUAACAAUGACAAGAUUUCUUACAUUAAGAUUGUAAAAUCUAGAAAUAAACAUGUCUAUGAAUAUAUUUGGAAGGCUUAAAGUAAGCCAAAAAUGCUGGUUUUAAGAUCAGAUUACUUAAAAUUUAACUUUUACAGCCCCAAAAAUAAGUUAAAUAUACUUAAAAUAAGCAUAAAAUGAGUAUAAAAUGCUGGUUUUAAGAUCAGAUAACUUGAAAAAGCCAACACAGUACACUGAACUGUGCUUUCUAGAUGUAUAAUGUUAUUUUACACAAAGUUGUUUUUGAUGAGUUGAGCAGCUUUCUGUCAGUAUUUAUCAGUUUUUGUACCUCUAUUUAUAGAUGAAGUGAUUGUGGAAAUAGAGCUCAUACUGAUUCUGAUGUUUUAAAUAACUUAGACAACUUGAGUUUUUCCACCAUGUAUUUGUAUUCUGGUGUCUGUUUUUUAAAUAAUGGAUUAAAAAUGGUUGAGACAGAGUAACACCUGCUCACUGCUGAUAUUUUUGCUCAUGUUUGAUGAUGAAAACAUAUCAGAGUUUACCUAACAGGUGACUUUUUCUGCCCUGUAUAUAACCUCUGAAUUAGUAGAUUGGUAUUAUAGUUUGUCAUCAUUAUAUUAAUGCAACAACAGAUUGGCAUUAGUGCCAAUCUGCAGUGAAGUAGCUUUGCAGACAGUCUGACACACACAAAUGGACACUUCCACAGAUUAACACACUCAUACACACCAGCCAUCACCUCCCUCUGUUUUGGUGUUGGGACAAAAGCUAUCAUUAGUUGUUUGUUUGAACACUUACAAUUCAAUACAAGAACUUUAUUGGUCCUCAAAGGGACAUUUAUUUGUCUGGAGUCUCAUUUACUAUUUAUGAAAGAAUCAAUUAGUCUGAUGGCUUUGGGUACAAGAGAUCUUCUGAAUCUCUAUAUCCUGCAGUGAAGAGAGAGGAGCCGCCCACCGCCGUUUUUGAAGUGGAUGAUCCAUGUUUUUUUAGAAUGGCCUCUAUCUUCCUCACUGUGCAUCUUUCUAACACAUCCUCCAGUGAGUCCAACUUGAUUCCUACCACAGAGCCACCUUUUUUCACCUGUUUGUCACCAUGUUGACUUUGUACCCUAGCAAUUGUUUCAUGGAGAACAUCUCAUGGAACUUCAGCCGUUGCCUUGGGUGGAAUCUGUACAAGUAUUGGUAUGAUAAGACUGAACUCAGAGCAACUGGCAACAGUUCAACAUCUGAACAGCACAUCUUCUCCCUGACAGUUACAUGUGAAGAGUUACACUAUCUCUGCUUAACAAAGAAGGCCAGACCCCUCCUUUCUUGCCACUAGCUUUAGCAUCUCUGUGUCUGUCUAUUUCAACAAAGUUUCAGUAAAACACUGGAGUAUGUAAUAUUCAAUUACAGUAAUUGUACUUUGACUUUUGUUCAAUAGGGAAUUGAAAUACUUUGCAUUUAACCACAAUAGCAGAGUACAUUACUUUGUUAUACCUCCCUGCAGAUUUUUUAAAUGUUAGGAUUAAAAGUGAAGUUCAUCCUAACUUCUUGAUACUGAAAGUUAUGAAUCAUAUAUUUUUUGUGUGUUAAGUGUGUGGGUAGGAGGGUGGCUCAGAUAUCCUCUCACAUCCUCUUGUGAAAUAAAUAUGAGAACCUGGAUGCAGGUUUCCUUUCAUAGCAUUUGUUUGGAUGAUUCACUUUUGAAUACACCUGAGUGGGCAGCUCUCCUGCUGGUUACAGACCCUGACAUGUAAAAUAAAACUCUGGAGUUAAAGUGGGGCCAGAAAUAAGAGUCUCUCCACUUGAAAAUGGAGGUUAAACCUCAUCAGGUUUUGUGUGAAUUCAGUUUUGGCUGCAUUUGGUUGAGGAAGAGUGAUUUUAUUGUCAUCCAGAGGGAAUGUACCGCCUCUGCUGCUUUUGUUCCCUCUGCAUGAUCAGCACUUUGGCAUCAGUGGCCUCUUGUAACAAUGUGUUGUUGGCAUGCGCCGUACAAAACCUACGUUGAUUUCAUUACUCUGAUCACUGAGACUGAGGCCUGAAGUGCUCAGGUUGGUUUAGGACAAGAAGAAACUUUGGACCUCCUAUCAUUUGUUUUCCUCCACUGGUCUGACAUUGACUUAAAGAGGAUGGGAUUAUCACUGUGUGUCCUUCAGCUGGUUCCUUACAUCAGGAGAAGGUUCAAUGUGAAGAGCGGUAAGACCACAAUAAAGACUUAACUGCUUGAUGAACUUUUAGAGAAGAUAUUCUGAUGACUGUUUUUGCUGCUGGAUUGUCUUUUAGAAGACAUUUUUAUUUCCAGAGGAGGCUGGGGUGUUAUUCACAUUUUAAAACUUAUUUCAACUCAAAAAGGUGAUCUGAAGCUCCUGGAAAGUAAAUAUUUGAACCAAUAUAGUGUUGAAGCCUUGUUGUUGACGUCGCACAUUGUGGGAAAACUAAUAUUUACUGUCUGUAAAUAUUAAAUCUGGCAGCCCAGAACCCUGAUUUUGUUCUUGAAAUGAACUCGUUCUUUUUUGUUGUAUUUAAGUGUCAAAAACUGGAGCACUCAUUCUGUGAAUACAGCUGUUUGCAGUAUUUUGGGGUGUUUUAGUCAAAGGGAAAAUAAAGUCAAUCAAAUCCUCAGAAGUGCUUUUGCUUGAAGGAGAAAUUUAUUGAUGUCAGUUUGAAAAGAAGUUUAGGGUGACACUUUAUAUGAACCCACCUCAUUGAAUGCAUCCGAAGCACAUUAGAAAGCUUUAUCAAUUUUUAAGGCUUUACAAACAUCCAUAAUAAACCACCCUGUUAUGAGGCAUUAUGAUUACUGCUUUUAACACUUCCUAAACAUUGUUAUAAGCUGUUUUGAAUGCUUGAAACAUUCAUAACAACAGUUAUAAGGCCUUACAGAUGUAUUUAUAAGGCUUUAUAAAUGUGUUCAUGAUGUUUUAUUAGAGGUGGCUUCAUGUAAAGUAUCACCGAGUUAAAAAUCAUGGAUGGCAGAUGAGGGUUCAAAUGUGAAAAAGAUUGGGUAAGAAACAAAGCAGCUGCUUUAUAAGAACUUUUAGUUGCAUUGUUUUUAUGACUGAGCUGUAAAACAGGGAUCUUAAGUGAACUUCUCAGUUUCCAGUUCUGUUUUAAAAUACUGUCUCCUCAGUGGAUAAAUGCAUGUUUUUUUGUGUAUCUGGUUGCAGUUUGGGCAUUUAGGCAUCCAUUUCCUUAUGUCCGUUGCAGAGCCUUACCAAGGCCUGCUGCCUCAUGAAUUAUGUAAAACAUGUCUGUAUCCCAUAACAAAACAUAAGAUCCAAAGCAAAGAAAAAGAAGUUAAACAAAACCGGCUUUACAUCAGAAGUUAUAUCCAGAUAAUUUGGGACUGAAGUCCCAUUUCAUCUGGUGUUAAAAGUGUCACUUUGAUUCAGAGCUGGCUGUAAGUUAACUGGCGUAUUUCCUUUCCUAAGUUGGCAUUGUGCUGCCAGGCAUGAUCACAAGAGAGUGGGCUGCUGGGCUGCUGUAAAUAGACGGCUGCUGAAGUGUAAUUAGGUUCCCUCAGUGGAGAGUGUAAGAAAACACAGUCUAAGAGCUUUUCUCUUUACAAAACUUGUAAUUUAGCUGAUUUGUACCUUUGCGCCAGUUCUCAAGAUAACUUCCCAUGAAUAAAUGAAUGUGUAACUUGCGUAUACAGUAGUUAUUUUUAUUAAAUAGACAUUUAUGCCUUUGUGUGCACAAUACUACACAAAGAAUAGUUCCUUGGUUGUGUGUGUGUGUGUGCAUGGUCCAUUUCUGGAUUUAUUUGUCUCUGUGAAAGUAGAUAUUACAGACUGCUGGCCCCAUGCUUCUGUUUGCUCAAGUUCUGAUAACUGGCUGUGUGCAGUUGGAGUCAGACCAAACAGAGAGACAGAAAAGGAAGAAAACGGAAGACGCUGCACAAAGAACAAAGUCAGAUACAGCUGCAUGGUAGCUUCCAUGAGUCUGGAUUAAAGACAGCGUGUCAUCUGGGGUCCUCGGGGGUUUCUGUGAUCCGACUAAUAUAGCAUAUUCAUUCCUUUCUAAUGAGUGUCCUGGCCUCUCAUUGAGCUUCCACAUAGAAACACCACAUCUCCUCUCUGAUUGGCUCUCUCUCCUGUCCAUCACACCAUCGUGUCUAAUCAUAGGAGGAGCACUGGAGCUGAAGGAGGCUGGGGAUCUCAGUGUCUUUUGUGUGCACUGACUUAUGCGGCGGUGAGACCUCCGGUAAAGAAACGACCCCAGCCCCCCUCCCCUCUCUGUGACGUGUCAUUAUGCAUGUUCCAGCCUCCCCCACAGGAAGUGCUUCUUUUCCCACCAUUCAGGAUUAACAGGGCAGUGUGCAUAGUAAUACUACAUGAGCACAUUCCCUGUACAGUCUGCCAGUGUCUGCCAUGAGAGGGAGGCUGUGCUGGAAUGCUGUGUGUCAUCGUAUUUAGAGAUGAAGAGUGUGUGUGUGUGUGUGAGAGUCUGCGGCUGUCUCUGCCCUCCUCAUCUUUCUCUCUGCUCCUCUUAAUGCUUCCCAAUCCAGCAGGAGUCUGUCUAUGUAGAUGUUGCCAGAGACUGCAAGAUUUUAAUGGGGCUCUUGUUCAAUGGAUUUUUUUUUCUGAGAGGCCAUAACAAUUAAUGGCUGGGUGAUCACUCUUAAAGGGAAAGUUGAGUUCAGAGUGAGCCUAAUUUUUAUCUGGUAUACAAUCCUGAAUGGGAAGAAAGAGGUCUCAAACUAGCUUAGCUGAACUGCUCUGUCAGUGAGGAUGAGAGGACAAUACUAUCUCUGUUUGUUGAAGCUUUAAAGUCACACGCCGAUCGUUUUUUUUUUUACUUUAAUACUAAAAAGUGUUCAUAGUUUUUAGCCAAAGCUUUUAGCCAAAAUCGCGCCAAGGGCUUUUCUUCUGCAGAGCUCCAGUAGAUCAUUAGCAUUUCACCUCUGAGUCAUGGGCGGAGACAGCGCUGCUCUACAUACUUCUCUUGGCGUUAGCUUGCAACCUAUAAUUUCCGGUGUAGUAGAAGUGGCAGGUAACAUAGAAACUAUUCAGCUCUCGGACUUUAACGUCUUUGGGGACAUGAUGAAAGUUAAUAUCAUAAUUAGCUUUCUUACAAACAUCGCAAUCCACUGAUGCACACGCUUGUUCCGCGAUCGUCCUCUCUACUUCUCAGAGUCUGGCCUGCAUAGCGGAGCUUGGAUUUGUGACAUAGGAAAUCUCGCUCUGAGCCUGCUGCUUGGGUCUGCUAGAUAUUCACAGCGAUUUGAAUGCAGAAAUACUCAGGAAUGCAAUUCCACACUUAUUUUCCUCGUGAUUUGUCCUGUAGCGUCAAAAAAAAUGCCAUAUGAACAUGUAGAUAACAUGAAAAACAUGAAUUUCAUUGGAGUGGGUCUUUAACACUUUCCUGUCAGAUUUUUUAGGUUUUCAAAAACGUUUUUCAUUUCUUAUGAUAACAUUAUUUUGAGAACAAGUGUUGAGAGGGGAAUUGUUUCAUUUUCCAGGUAUUUUUUUAAAAUAGGAAAUCUGCGUAAAACCAAGUGCUUUUUAGUACAUGUCCCAAGUCUGAUCGGUCAGCAGUCCCAGAGUCUGAGUAUUAUUUGAACUUUUGAGUCAUCAAAACAAACUUCUACUAUAUGCAUAUUCUUUUUAAACAUGUCUCAAAAUGCAGACAAUACCUGCACAUUUUUAAAAACAAUAUUAAAAAACCUAAUUGUGUUAAACCAUUAUAUUCAGGUACACAAACUCAAAAUGUAAUACUUGAAUUGUACUUUCUUGCUGCUUCUGAAUAUGUGGCUGUUAGAUUUUCUGUACUUUUCCAACUGGAUGAGACAUUGAUUGAUUGUUUUAUUUGUCUUUUGCAGAGGAGAACAGUGGAAAUGGUGUCACGUUAUCUGAAAGGGUUAUCCUUCCUGGACAUACAGAGGUAAGGCUGUGCUGUGUGUAUAUCUGCAGGUUGGGUGAGAAAAUCGGUCAAACUUCUCUAUCUGCAAAAGGCAUGUUCAGCAUGUUAGUUUAGCUCAGCACAAAGACUAAAAACAAACUCUGAGGCUAGAAGAAUGCGUAUACUGACACCUCUGACGGUCUCUAAUUAAAGUUAUGUGUGCUGGUUGCCUGGUAACUUCAUUUGACAAGAGGUCAACCUCUUUGGAGCCUUUGUUCCAGGAUAAACAGGUGGCAGCUGUUACUUAUACAGACAUGAAACAACCAGCAAAGAAGCAGAAUAGAUAUCAAAUCUUGUAUUAGAAGUGUCAUGGUUGUAGUAGUCUUUAUAUUCAGGUAAUAAACAUACUUACAAAUGCAAAUACUUGCUUUCCUGCAGUAGUUCUCUGAGAUGGUGUUUGUUGUGUUUCCCAUGCUGUUUCAUUUUCUUUGCAGCCGUAACAUUGUUUAUGUUGGCAAACCUGGACUCCUGACCUUUUAUUGACUCACUAGCACUCUUGUCGCUGAAUCACCAGACCUCUGAGUCUUCAACAGCUCCUCUCGUUUCUCUAACAGCCAGACUAAAAUAAAACCUGGAGCCUGUUCCCUGACUGUGAUGAAGUGAUACCAACAAGCAGAUGCUUCAUCUAUCUUAAUUCAUAACACUGAUUAUAUUAGGUGUCUGGGAUGGAUGGGGUUCAGGGCAGAAAUUAGAUAUUUUCUCAUUUGUGUCAUGACUGGAACGGUUUUUAAUGAUCUCAUUAUGUGUCAAAAUUUGAUUAAAUUACAGCGUAACAAGAGGCAUCCACGCCUCUGUUGCCAGGAGAUAUGUUGCUGAUUGUCAGGGUCUAUUAAACAAGUUGGGUGGGGUUGGGUAAACUACUGAACAUACUGGGCACUUAAUGCUGCAGUGAACCAUUAAAAGUUAAUUUUUUCAGGAGUGUUUACAAGAAACACCUUCUUGUGUCCUCAUCAUGAAGCCCACUGGGUAAAAAGGUGGACCAGUUUUAGUGUCUUUUUAACAAAGUUUAACACAUUAUUCAUUCUAAUGAUUAAAUAAGGUCUUUAAAAACCCACUCUGAUGAAAAUUCAGUUUUUCUUGUUUUUUAAUAUGCUCAUACGGCAUUUUUCUGAUGCUACAGGACAUAUCAUGAGAAAACUAAAUGCGAAAUUGCAUUUCUGAGUAUCUCUGCAUUUAAAUUGCUGUGAAUCUCUGGCAGACCCAAACAGUAGGUUCAGACACAGUGAGAUUUCCUUUGUCACAAAUCCAAGCCCCGGAGCCCCGCUAUGCAGGCCAGGCUCUGCAAGAGAGGAAAUACAGAAGACAAUAGUGGAUCAAGUGUGUGCGUUAGUGGAUCGCAAUGCUCGUAAGAAAGCUAAUUAUGAUAUUAGCUUUCAUUGGUCUCGAAAGAAAUUAGUGACCGAGAGCUGAAUAGCUUCUAUGUUACCUGCCACUUCUACUACACCGGCAAUGUUAGGCUGCAAGUUAAUGUGAAGACGAGUGUGCAGAGCAGCGCUGUCUCCGAGCGAAUUGCUAAUGAUCUACUGGAGCUCUGUAGAAGAAAAGCCCUUGAAAAUGACACAAAAAAAUGAUAAAAACUUGAUAAUCACAAUUUACAGACUACUGAGAACACUUUCAGUUGUACAAAAAUAAACGAUCGGAGUGGGACUUUAAGACCAGUAGGCUUUAUUUCUUGAAACAGUUUGUGUGAAAAAUUUUUAUUCUGAUAAAGCCCAGAUUAAAAAGACUACUCUACAAAAACACUUUGAAGCAACGAAACAUGUGACUAUAUGAGACAAAGAUCUAAAAAUCUAAAGGAAGGAAACAUGAGUCAGUGCCACAAAGUUCUGUAUUAUAACAACUAGAAAGAGUCUACGUUUUCUACCUAAAAAGAACAUACUUUAACUGCUUCAAGAGUUUAUCUUCGUUUCCCUGAUAUUAAAGAUGAUAAAGACUAAAACACUGUUACAGCUCUAGCUUCUAUGCCCGGUUGGUUAACAAGGUUUAGGACUUAAGAGUGUAUUUAUCCACUUUAUUGUCACAACACUAAAGACUGAAAAUGUACAAAUUAAUACUUUUCUUUCUUUGUAAUAAAACAUAGAACUUCACAGAAACUAAAGACUUAGUCCAGAACUUUAAUAAUGACUUUACAUCACUAACAGCUGAUGUUUUUUCUUUGUGUCAGUGAAACACUUGUUGUACACAAAUGGAUGAAACGUCCUGGUCUGUGAACAGAAUGUGGUUGGAGUUACAGCCGUGUCUGAAAUCUAGAUGUUGAUAUAAGAAAUGUAGAGUGUGUUUCUCCUCUAUCAUUAUCUAUUUUUGUAUAAUGACAGACUGAGGUUAAACUGUGUCCAGAAUUUCCCAUUUUAUGUGAGUUGUUUUUUUUAUGGCCUUCCUCUAAACUUUCUGUGGGAGCGCUUUUCUCAGGCUCUGACUGGUGAAUUACGGACCCCUGGGAUCCGUCAGUAACAAGAACCUGAUUUACUUGUGUUAUUCUGGGCCGCUCUGCUUCUCUAAAUAUUUAAUACUGUAGAUUUUUCAUGUUCGAGUCUGAACCCUUACUGUCUAUCUCCAGGUUUUAUUUCUUGCUGUGUCAGUGUCUGAUGUUCCAGGAUUGCAUACGUGUUUGCUUUCGUUUCCCACUCUGUGGAAUAAUCUGAACUUGUCAUGUUGUCUGUGUGUUGUUUCUGAUUCAGACAGACCAGCUACAGCCCAACAAAGACACGGUGUUCUUCAGGGACGGUGUUCGAAGGAUAGACUUUGUGUUAUCUUAUGUGGAUGACAAGGAUGGAGAAAAGAAACAGGUCAGUGUAAAGGACUAAUAACUCGUUGCUGUUGUUUGCCUACUCAGCAUGAUAGUGUGACCAGUGACUAACUGUGGCACUGGUGACAUUAUUACACAAUUUAUUUCCACAACAAGAACAUAUGGUGGUGCAAAGAGGAAGUGGGAUAAUUUAUCUUCAAUUUUCAGUGCUUGGAAGUUUUCUCUCUCUUUUGUUGACUGAACAGCAUUUUUUUGGAGGAGUAUAAUCUUACUGAGUGUGGAAUAGGGAGGAAAAUCAAACUUCCGCCUUCCUUAGAAGUGUCACUUGGUGGUAGGUGUGACGCGUCAUAUCAGCUGGUGUUACUGCAGGAGGCGUGACCCUCCUGUCAAUUUUUUUGACAGGAGGGUCACGCCUCCUGCAGUCUGUUCGCCUCUGCAAAUGCUAAGUACACCAAAAGGUCAAAAUCGAACAAAACAAAAAAUGUAACGUCAUAUACAUCAUAUAAAUGUACUGUAGUGACUAUGCUGUCCUGAAUUUUAGUCACCAUCUGGGUGCGGGAGCGAGGUGUUUUUGACACGCUUCUAGUACAAUUCAAUGUCCAAUCCAAGGUUGUUGUUGAGUUAUCUUUUGCCAUUAACUGAUUUGAUGAAAAACAAACAACAACAAAAAAAGGACAGAUACGUCCAACUUACGAUGAUGACGAUGUUCGUGAUGAGGGUGAGAGUGGUGUCGGAGAUUAGAGGUAAAAACCGUGUGCUCUUCCCGUUCCCCAGAUCACUGCUUCACCUGUGUCCCUUUGUAGCAUUUACCUGAAGUGGCCUUUAUGGUGAUUGUGCGAGUAACAAAACAAAACCCAAAGAGACGCUUCAGCACACGGAAGAAAGAACAUCAAAAAGAGUGUGAGAAAGAGACAGAAGAGAAGAACUAGUUCCAUGGCCGAGUUCAGCUUUGCCAGUUGCCCAUUCAGUUUCUGAUUUGAUCUCUUGAAUUGAAUUUAUUCUCCAUUAGGGUUUUCACUGAUUCAUAAUUGCUUCCAGUAAAGCAAGAGAACUACUUUGACCUCUGUCGGACGUGUGCAGAGCUGUGCACCAGUGAGAAUGAGAGGAAAGACUGAUCAUGUUCUUCAUUGAAAGGCUGAUGAGUAAAAUUAUCAUCCUUCAACAUUGUAAUGAUAAAUCUGUGUUUGUAAAGGAUGUAGACGUGUGUUCUGUUUUGGUACCAGGUAACAAAAACUGUGGACUAACCUGCCUUCGAACACCUUAAAGGCAACUUAAACAUCUUUACUUUUGCAUGGCUAUGUUGUUAUCCUCUGCAUUAUUUUAUUUUAAUUUAUUUAAUGUGACAAAGAAAUGGAUGUAUGAUUUGCUACAAAAUGAUUUUUUUUUCUUUCUUUUUUUUGGAUGAUGCAUACCUGUCAAAAUAAACAAAAAGAUCUUUACUUGUGGUUAUUUUCCUUCAAAUGCAGCCAGCUUAAACCAGCUGCUUCUCUCAGAGUAUAUUUUUUUUUAACCGAAGCACUAGAGUAAAUUUGCCUCUUUUUUAAAAGAAAUGUGGGUCUGUUAUUGAGGGUUUGGCUCCACCCAUGUCCCUAGACUUCCCCCUUGGUGUUUUACUGAGCUAUAAUAGUUUUUAUGGGAGUUACGUCGACUAAAGUACUGUCAUACUCCCCCUUUUUUGGCCAGUCCUCAUUUUGAAGUUUGAGAUGACUCUAGGAAACAGCAUCGUAAUAAAAAAGACCUCCACUGUGGAGAAAACAAAUAUUUCUCCAUCAUGGAUGGGUAAAGGACACUGUUACAGUGUGUGCCUGGCUCUCAUGCUUGUGGUUUGCUUGUUUGCCCACAGGAAAGGAGGAGGGAGUUUGAGGCCAACCUGGAGAAAGCAGGACUGGAGCUGGAGACUGAAGACAAAUCGGUGAGUUUCAAACACUGAGCGCCUGCUCCCCCUAGUGGACUCUUCAUUGAGGCACAUCUUGUACUACAGAAACAUGACUUAAAGGGAUGGCUCAGCAUUAAACCAUUAGAGUGUAUUUUACCUCUCCUUUGUCUCUGAUCACAUCAGGACUCUAAAGACCAAAGGACGUACUUCCUGAAGAUUCAUGCUCCCUGGGAUGUUCUGGCCACAUACGCUGAUGUCUUAAAAAUCAAAGUUCCCUUCAAAGAGAGUGAUAUCCCUCACGGUCAGGAUGUCCCUCUGGAUUGGCUUUCACACCCUUUCCGCCUGCCAGAGCACAUCAUGCACCCCGCCCCAGACUACUUCACCUACCCCUUCGACAAGAACAAGACUGACUUCUUCCUCAUCAAUGACAAGGACACCUUUUUCCCGCCCUCCACCAGAAACAGAAUUGUGAGUGUUUCUCAGCAGAAAAGUCUGAUGGGCUCUACUUUACAGAGAGAUGUUUGACUGUUUCAGGGGUAAUCUGUGUUUGUGACAAUUAAAUUACUUUUAUAAUUUAUCCCCCUCCUCUUUUAAGGUGUUCUACAUCCUGGCCCGUUGUCCGUACUACAAAGAGGGCCGGAAAGAGAAAGACAAGACGGGAAUCAAACGACUACUCAGCAACGGGACAUACACAGCUGCAUUUCCACUCCACGAUGUAAGAGAUAUAGUGAAAACAAGAAAAACUGAACAUGUGUGUUCACAUUUACAAAAGAAAAAGCUCCUUCUUCUAGACUGUCAUGUUCAAGAAUUGUGAUAUUUGACAUGCACAGUCGGCAAUAUCUUGAAUAGUACCGUUAGAUGAAGUAUGAGUGGCCCAGUUACAAACCUGAAGGACCAAACAAAACGCUGAAAGUCUUCUUAUUCAGCCAGAGUUAGCACUGUUGAUGCAGUACUUUUCACAGCUCAUGCUUUCGUGACUCCUUACACAAUUAUUGUAACUUAUAUUAGAGCAAAGUAUUAACUGCAAGACUAGAAAUGUAAUUACCUGCAUUGGUUAUUUUUUAACCCUGCUUAUAUAAUCGGUGAAUAUUUCCAGCUUCAGAUCGUGAGAAUCUGCGAUGGAGUGUUAGGGCCACAUUAAGAAAAAAAUAAAUUCAGAUUUCGAGAUUAAAGUUGUUAACUUUCAAGAAUAAAGUCAUUACUAAAGAGAAUAAAGUCAUAAUAAAAUCAUUACUUAUGAGAAUAAACUCCAUAUACUCUAACCUGUUGUCUAAGAUCACAGUUGUUGAAAUGAGAGCCGUGAAGCAUUUCAUGAAAAUGUACUUCAAUAUAGGUUUCUCAAACAAGGAGAUACUUAAUCUCCUUUUGACACAUCAUUAUCAUAAGUAUCAUCAUGGUUUUAUUACGACUUUAAUCUCGUUAGUAAUUGCUUUAUUCUUAUAAAUUAAUAACUUUCAUCUCGGUCUUAAUUUUUUUUCUUAAUGUGGCCCUAAUACUUGUCAUAAGAAUCAACAGUUUUCAAGUCUUUCGUUUGCAACUAAUGAGUUUUUGAAGUAAAACACCCAUUUUUAAAGAUUUUUCCAGAGACAGGAAGGACUCAUUAUUACGAUUGGUUUUAUUUCAUUCCUUUGUUACCCAGCAUAUUUUGCUCAAUAAGACAUGUGAUGUUGUUUCUUCUAUUUCAGUGCAGAUACUGGAAAAGAGCCAGAAACGCUGAAUGUGAGAGCGAGCGCUACAACUUGUACAAGCACUGGGCCAGGUUUCUCUGCUUCUACAAAGUUCAACCACUGAACCUAAUCAGGUAAACAAGCAACAUCCGGGGGGGGAAUAUCAGCGCCUGCUUCCAAACUCGGUUUAAUAUUUGUUUGCUGUGAUUUUCUGUUGAAUUCUGUGCUUGCAGGAAGUAUUAUGGAGAAAAGAUCGGGAUCUACUUUGCCUGGCUGGGCUUCUACACAGAGAUGCUGUUUUUCGCUGCUGUCAUGGGCCUCAUAUGUUUCACUUAUGGAGUGUUAAGCUACGAUGACAACAUAUCAAGGUUAGUUUCACCACGAGCAUCAGGGAGUCAGCCAAAUACAAUAAUAAUGUGAAAAGUAGACAGUUUAAGGCAAAGACUGUGGGCAUUCAUCCGCUGCUAUGACAACUACAACCCUUCUGGGAUGCCUUUCCAUCACAUUUGAAAUCUACGCCAAAGAAAUUCGCAUCCAUGCAGUCACAAGGGCAGUGAUGAAGAGUUCAGUAUUAUUGUUAAAAAGAAUGAAUGCUGCAUCAGUUAUGUAACAGACCUGAAGUGUGGGGUAAAAUGUAAUCCAUCUCAUUUAUAAUUAGACUGCUUCAGAGGUCAUGAGAUCAUGAAGAGGACCUAAUAAUAGACAAAUGCUGGUUGAUAGCUGUGCACCAUGUGGAGGGUAAAUUUUUUUACCACAAUAGCAGUUUGACAAAAAGAAAGAACUAUGCUGGGUUUGUUUUUUAACCCCAUUUUGGUGUAUCUUCAACUUCUGCUUCCCUCUGCUCUGGUAUCAUCUGCAUAUCAUCACUUUACAGGGUCGGGCUGAUGCAAACAAGAGUUGAAUGCCUCAAUUAGUUUCCUCAGUUUGAAUUCCAAUCCAUGAAUAUUGCAGGGUUAAUGUAGGAGCUCUUUAUUAAUUGAAAACAAGUCUAUUUUAUGGCUCGGGAACCACUGUUAUUUUCCCUUGAUCAAUUUAAAUAAAGCUGAAUGGUCAAAAUUAAAUUACGUUUCAUUGACCUAAUUUUAGCGGUAGAUCUCUUACAUCACAUUACAUUUUACAUUCAUGUAACUCCAGAUGUAGAAAGCACUCAGACUACUAACAAGUUUUGGAUAUAUCAAUCGUGAAACGUAUAAUACUUAAACUAUUAACAGGUAGUGAUCAGAUUUGUUUCCUUGGAUCGUAGCUGGGCUAUAAGAUUGCAAAAUUUAAUCUGGAGAUACUGCUUUGUUUUUAUAAUAAUAAUUUAUUUGUCUGCUGUGUUUUAAAAAUCAUUAUUAAUCUGUGUUUUUUUUUUCUCUUCAUUUAGCAAAGAAAUAUGUGACGCUGAUAUUGGAGGCAGCAUUGUGAUGUGUCCUCUCUGUGAUAAAAAGUGUCCUUUCUGGAAGCUCAACUCAACUUGUCUCUCCUCUUGGGUAAAACAUUACAGUUCAUGUAGAUUUAAGAGCAUUUUAAAGCGAGUGGUUGACUAAAAUACGCGUCUAUGUUUGAUUCUCUUUUCUUUUGCAGCAAUCCCAUCUCUUUGAUAACGAGGGAACGGUUUUCUUUGCCAUCUUUAUGGGGAUUUGGGGUGAGUAUCGAUUCAUUAAUGCUCUUCCUCCUGCCGUAUUUAACCUGUUGUUCCCACUCAGGCCUCUCUUGUGCCACAUUAACAUUCAGGCCAUACUGCUUCAACCUUCAACAACUUGCCCAGAUCACUGUAGACAAACAGUGUCUAAAAAGCCGGCUUCAUGCACAGCAGUGAGCCAAGACAAGUCAUGGAAACACCUAAUGAAAACAUCACACUCUGAAAACCAACACAAGCACUCUCUGUUUCCACUCAGUGCAAAAACACAACAAGUUUAAGGUCGUCAUAGACCAGUCCAAAAAACUGCUGCAGACUGAGUUCUCUUUGUACAACAACAUCCACUGCAUGGAGAUGACUCUCAAACUGUAAUUUUACAACUUUCUGUUUCCUUUCUUUGAAUCUGUCUGACAGUAACUCUGUUCUUGGAGUUCUGGAAACGGCGUCAGGCCCGGCUGGAGUAUGAGUGGGACUUGGUGGACUUUGAAGAGGAACAACAACAGCUUCAAAUCCGACCCGAGUUUGAGAUCCGCUGCACUAACAAGAGACUCAACAAGAUCACACAGGUGCUUUAAACCUCCCCAUUCAUACACAAAAUAAACUGUAUGAGACCUUUCUAUGUAAAAUACGUACAUUAUCUCUUUUAACAACAACCAGUCAAAGUAAAACUGCAUACUGAUCCUUUAGGAAAUGGAGCCAUAUCUUCCCAUCACAAGCAAGUGUGCACGUUUCUGCCUCUCAGCGACCACUGUGUUAUUCUGGGUAACUAUUGUUGUAUAUGCAUGCCUGUAUGACAAUCAUUUCUCAUACCUCACCUGUCGCAAAUUGUAAUGGUGUGCACUCUCCACAGAUUUCUCUCAUCGUGGCGUGUAUUAUCGGGGUCAUAGCGUACAGGCUGGCCGUGUAUGCUGCCUUUGCUAGUGUCAUCAAAGACCCCAUGAGAAAGAUCCAGGUGGUGGGCAGAUUCAUCACUCCACAGCUGGCCACAUCUGUCACUGCCUCCUGCAUCAACUUUGUCAUCAUCAUGAUCCUCAACUUCUUCUAUGAGAGAGUGGCUGUUUGGAUCACUGAUAUGGGUACGAAGGUUUGAACUGAUAUUGACCGAAUGGAAGAAAAUGGAGCAAAGAGCCGUCCAGAGCUCGAUCAACACAUGAAAUGACAAACUGUUUCAGUCAGCGUAAGAGUGAUUUGAUGAAUAAUACAAACACUGACAGCCAGUCAGAACUCUUCUACAUUUACUUGGAGGUGUUUCCACUACUAUCAAGAUGACCAAUAUUAGAAGUAGGGCUUGGUGAUAAAACAAUUAAAAAAUAUAUAUAUAUUCAAAAUUAAUUUCCCUCAAUAUCAAUAUAAAACAUGGUCAAUAUGCUUUUUGAUAGCCAGCAUUCUGCCAUGUUUUGGUAGGCUUUACAAAUAGCCAGUGAAAAGGGGAGUUGCUCUGGGUCUGCUUCGCUCCGAACCAAUCAUGAGCUGAAUUAGAACCAAGUAGCAAACAACUGCAUCAUAGCAGGCUGCAGCUACAUGCAACCAUGGCACUUUAACACGUGAAGCCGACAGCACUGUCAGUGAGAAAAAAAGAAAACGAGUGCUACCCCCGGCAGAAAUGCAGAUGAAGUCUCAACAGAUGACGACAUUGUCGACAACACUGGCAUGAAAACAUCAGUGGUGUGGAGGUUUUUGGUUUUUUGAGGUCGGACGUGAAGCAGAGUAAUGUCUUCUGCAAAUUAUGUUGAGUACAUGUUCCCACAAAGUCGGGGAAUACCUCAGUGCCACGCAGCAGAGCACGCGCAAUGCAAACGUUUGCAAACCCCAAGCGGGGCAAGUGCGAAGCAGCCCACUUUGCCUGUGCAGCUGAAACAGCCGACCAUUCAGUCCGCUUUCUCUAGCGCAGCGCCAAAUGACAAAAUGUUGAAGAGACACAAAGAUGCAGUAGCUUAUUGUAUUGCAAAAGACUAAAUUUCAUUCAAGAGUAACGGAGCAUUUAAGAUUGACAAAUGAUUAUUUUAUAUUGUGAUAUAUCUCGAUAUUGACUGAUAUGAAAAAAAUAAAUUGUGAAAAACUUUUUCCCAUAUCGCCCUGCCCAACUGGAAGUUUAAAAAGCACUAGGAACUUUCAGCUCUAGUUCUGGGAGUCUGGAGUUUCUUUUGUCCCACAUGUUGAACUCUUUGAGCAUCCCCUUUAAAGGUAAAAUGAUGUUGACUCAAUUGAAAGUGAGAGAUUUAGUGAGAUAUUUAAGUGAGAUAUUACAGAGGGAUGACACUUUUGACAGAUACCUGGAUCCACCUGGUUCCUCCUGUCUUUUAAUAAUUUACAGAAUCUAUUUUUCUUCUUUUUUUGUUUUUCAGUGCAAAGCAGCGGGUUAUAAUUUUAACUUUUCUAUGCAAAAAUUUUAUAAAAAAAUUUGGAGCAUGUAAAUCAUGUGAACAGACCUCAAAAAGGCACAGAAACAACACUUUUAACAAACUGUUUGCCUCCUGCAGAAAUCCCCAAGACCCACCUGGAAUACGAGAACAGACUGACCAUGAAGAUGUUCCUCUUCCAGUUUGUCAACUACUACUCCUCGUGUUUCUACGUCGCCUUCUUUAAAGGCAAAUUUGUGGGUUUUCCUGGUGACUACUCUUAUAUGUUUGGCAAAAAAUGGAGCAAACUGAGGAAUGAGGAGGUGAGUUUUUCUUUCUCUUCAUUUGACAACAACAUGGAAACACUUUGAAUAACAUGAUGAACAAAGCUACAUUGAGUGCUGUUAGAUUUCUGUUUUAAAUAUCCUGGUAGAAACAGGCAGGUUCACUUCUGAUGUCAAAUCUUCUUGUUGUUUCAGUGUGACCCUGGAGGCUGUCUGAUUGAGCUGACCACACAGCUAGUGAUAGUUAUGGCGGGAAAACAGCUAUGGGGGAACAUUCAAGAAGCCCUGCUGCCGUGAGUAGACAUACCGAUCAUCUAUCAAUCUAUUAUCUAGACCCUCUAUCCUUUUUUUGUACGCCAAUCUGCUUCAUUACAUCUAACAUCUGAGCUUUGUGCAAACCCUAAAGUUCAGUCUUUGUAGUUUGGCUUUAGUUUUAUUCCUAAUGUGUGUUUUCACAGUUUGAUGCGUAACUGGUGGAGCAGCAGAAAGGGACGGCACAAUCCUGAGAACCACUACAGCCGCUGGGAACAAGACAACGUCCUGCAGAACUUCAGUCAGCUGGGGCUGUUUUAUGAAUACCUGGAGAUGGGUGAGACACUACACUGUGUUUGCAUUAUAGAGCUUUUGUUUAUGAAGGAUAACCAGCUGCGUUUGUACAAUUUGAUAUUAUCACCAUGGUUAUACCUAAGCUUUUCUGAUCCCUCUGCUCUGUGUGUCGUUCUAGUGGUCCAGUUUGGUUUCAUCACUCUGUUUGUGGCCUCUUUCCCCCUGGCUCCUCUUCUGGCUCUGUUCAAUAACAUCCUUGAGAUCAGGGUGGAUGCUUGGAAGUUCACCACCCAGUUCAGACGACCAGUGGCAUCUAAGGCCCGAAACAUCGGAGCAUGGCAGGAAAUCCUCAACACAGUGGCCAUUUUGUCUGUUGUUACAAAUGUGAGUGUUUGAAAGAGCAGAAGUAGAGUAGAAGCUUAUCUCUGUAUUUUCAUGUGUGUAAAAUAGCCCACAUUUGUACACCAUGGUUGCAGCAUUGCUGUCCUUACUAACUAAUGUGCUCGCUUUUGUCACAGGCUUUCAUUAUGGCGUUUACCUCUGACAUGAUCCCUCGGAUGGUCUACCUGUAUGCUUACAGUGAUAAGUCCAACAUGUGGGGCUAUGUAAACAACAGCCUGUCAGUGUACAACAUCUCACAGAUACAUGAGGACAACAUGCCGGAGGGAAGAGACUCGUGGUUUGCAAACUCCACCAGCACCUGCAGGUACAUGGGCUUCGAGUGCUUUUAUGCAUCUUGCUUUGGCUUACUAUUGUAUUAAAAGUUUUUGGAGCUAUAAACAAUGAGGAGAACAAUAAAGAAUAAAACUAGGGGUGCCCCGAUACAAUAUUGAUAUUGGAUAUCGGUCCAAUAUUAGCAAAAGAUCGAAUAUCGGAAUAUAUCGGCCUGCAUCUAAAAUCUCCAAUAUCAGCACGACAAUACAAGCAGUCCGCUAGACUCCGCUCCUGCACCUCUAUGUAGCAGCGCCCUGAUCCAGCAAGCUGAGCCACAAAAUCACAUCAACAGUCAGUGCGUUUACAUGACAAUCGAGAAAACGGAAUUAGUGCCUUACUUCGAUAAAGACCAGACAACUGAAGUGCAUGUAAACACCUUCGUCCGACUAUAAUCAAAGUUUGAGAACUCCAGUUGGAGUUGGAGAACUCUGAUCAAGACACCCAGGUAAUGAGAUUGGAAUUCGAUUCUCUCUUCCAUGUAACCAGUGUAGUUGGAGUAUGAUCAGACAAUGCAUGUGUGCGUACGCCACGCCCCUGUAACCCCAGAACAAAUACACAAGAAGAAGUGGCACUAUCAUUUAAAGAACUUUCAACUCAGAAGCAACUGCAACAUGGCUGAAACACGAAAGAUUGUACACUUUUGGAACGAUGAGGAGAGUGCCGUUAUGCUUCCCGUCCUGACAGAAAUUGACAUUUUAAAAGUAUAUGGACAGUCACAAAACAAGGAACGGAGACAUCUUUAAAAAGAUCCGGAAACAGCGCUGCUGAAAAGACCCAUAUUGCCCCCUAGUUUUGGGGAGGAGGACACGUUCACGUCAACAAUUAGAUUUUCUUAGCUGCAUGUAUAUGAGCACAAGGAGAGAAGUCCGAUUCGGCGGAAAAAAACAAACAAACUAUGAGCUUAGUCCGAUUAAGCUGUGCAUGUAAACGCACUGAAUGUGUACUAAGGUACUAACAAAGUAGCAAGGACUAAGAGUGAUGUUGGCCUUGUGGCAGUAUUUUUUGUUGAAGUCCGUAAAAGAUGUUGCAGCUGAGUGAAAAACUUGUCAAGCACAAUUUUGUGCCAAUAUCGUAUCAAUAUCAGUUAUUAUUGAAGGCUACAAUAUCGGUAUCGUAUUGGAAGUCAAAAAGUUGUAUUGGGACACCCCUAAAUAAAACCACAACAAAGAAGCUCAUCAUAUCACAGCCCUGUUACAAUACUUAUGCUCUACUGAUAGGUCACCAAUCACCCAAGCAUAAAGAUCAAUUAGGACUCCCACAUCUGCAUGAGGGAAGAGUGGAGUGAAUUGAUAGGGAGGAAACAGGGAUGAGGGGUUACUCUUAUUUUGAUUUUUACUUGUACACUUGCGAAUUUUAUUGAAUGAUCAUGUUAUGUCACAUUACUGACAAUAUGAUGCCACUCUCUUGUGUUUUUGAACAGAUAUCGGGACUACCGUUACCCCCCAGGUCAUGAGAAGGCGUAUGCUCACACCAUGCAGUUCUGGCACAUCCUGGCAGCCAAAAUGGCCUUCAUAAUCACCAUGGAAGUAAGAAAACACAUCUUUCCAUUCUGACCAUAACCCAAAAAUCCGUGUUCAGUCUUCAUUAAGGAAACUGAGCAUAAUUUGACUGUGAUUACUGCUUCUUCCCCUGCAGCAUGUGGUCUUUGUGGUGAAGUUCUUUGUGGCAUGGUUGAUACCUGACGUCCCCUCUGAUGUGAAGGCUCGGAUCAAACGAGAACGCUACCUGAUUCAAGAGUACCUGCAUAACUACGAGGUGGAGAGGCUCAAAAUACAGCUGAGUGCCAGUUUCAUCACGGAGCCGCAGUCAGAAAUGUCCUCUAUGACAGACAAGCAUGAAGUGCUGUCUGAGUGCCUGUAGCCUCUGAUUCAUAGCAGAACAUUCGUAAACAAGGGCUUCUGUCUGUGAAAUCAAAAUGCUAUCGUGUCUUCAUGCUGAAUGAACUCCUACAUUAGGAUCUGUGUAAAGGCAUCAGAAAAAAAAAAUCUGCGUCAUGAGUGAAGGAAAGUUUGUGUGCAAUAAAAAAAAGAAAGGAAAAGAUUGUAACUGCAGCCAGAACCAUUCCCCAUGUGAUGCCUUCAAACUGUCCUUUGGUCGAGGCUGAAAAGUAAUCUCUUUAUGUGCUGAUAGUCGGUUUGUGAUGUUAAACAAUGUGAACUUAAGUGUUAUUUACCUUCAAAAAUGCUGGCUAUGAUAACAUUUAUUUAAUUUCCUGCAUGGUAUAGUUCCAGUGAGAUAUGAAGAAAAAACAAAUAUUUAAAGUCAUGUGUCAGCAGUGAGAAGUUUCAUUGACCUAAUUUUAGCGGUAGAUCUCUUACAUCACAUUACAUUUUACAUUCAUGUAACUCCAAAUGUAGAAAGCACUCAGACUACUAACCUGUUUUGGAUAUAUCAAUCGUGAAACGUGUAAAUACUUAAACUGUUAACAGGUAGUGAUCAGAUUUGUUUCCAUGGAUCGUAGCUGGGCUAUAAGAUGGCAAAUUUGUCUCUUCUGUGUCUUAUGUUUAGGUCAACGCUCUUAAAAACUGUGCAUUAGAGAACCAAGUACCUCCGUCAUACUGCAGUGAUACUGUAAGAAUCAGACAUGUGAUGGUAUUCCAUGACUUUUAGAUACUGCAGCACUGUUACUGUGAGACAGCAGCUACAGCCUCCAAAUCAAUCUCAGACUUGCUGUGGGACCAAUUAUAGGAGAAAGAGUGCAUGGAGAAAACGCAGGAAAAUCUCUUUCCAGGUUUUCUGCUCAUUACAAUCAGUUUGAAUGCAUGAAUAUAAGCUCAUCAUACGACAUCAUCGCCUUUUGGUGUACUUCUCUGCUCCUUAGUGAGAAGCCUGUUUUUUUCUGUUUUUGGGUGUCAGGUAGUUGAAGAAGCCUUUGUGUUUUAAGGGCAUAAACGCUCAUAACAGUCAUUCCAGGGGUAAACAAACAGUAGAGAAACUUCUUGUUGUCUUUUUGGAUAAUGUGAGGGAGGAUUACAGCUGGUCAUGUUUUACUGUAGAUACAAAGGAUAUAUUUUCUAUUGACAUUAGUUUCAGCCGUUAAUUUAUUGAUGUGUUUCUGCUUAAAAGUAACUUCGUAAUCCUCUUUUUAGGAUCUUUUUACAAUGUUCUUGUAGCACCCAAUUUCCUAAUCUACAGUAUAUCAUAGCCUCUUAAAGAACCAGUUAAGAAGUUUUAGCUAAAACUUGUUAAUCCUGAUUUACCGUCUAAAAUGUACCAGCAUGUUUUAAAAUGGCUCGUCUUGGAGGUACAGUGUUGCUUUUUUUUAAUUUCUUAAGCUUGAUGAGCGUUACAAUCUUCUCUUUGAACUUUUUAAAUAAUUUACACUGCAGAUGACGCUGAUGUCAAUCCAGCUGACUCCAGAUUAUAUCUGACCAAACCCGGCCGACUUCAAUCUCAGGAUGAAACAUUUCUAACGUUUGUUGAGCAUCACUUUUAAAUAAAAGGUCGCAGGUGUCCUGUGAUGUGUGGAGGGUGUCUCAGGAGGGGAUCCAGCAUGGUGCAUGAUGCAGUUCCCAACAAACAAAUGCCUUAACUGUCAGUGUUUACUUGUUUUUGUAUAAUUUUGUAAAGUAAAAAAAGAGGUUUCCUAUCUGAAUUCUAUACCUGUUUCAUAUCAUUUGCUGCUGCUGCUUGUCACUGCAAAGUAGUCGUUUUUGUUGGUUUGAUAUGCAUGCAUUGAAGUUCUGUAAAUAUUUUGUUGAUUGCAUUUUUAUGUUAACUGUAGCCUAAUGAACAGAAAUGCACUAAAGCUGUUAAUAUUCUCAAUAAAUGAAGAAGUAUCUUA